AUGCGAAUAGAGUUGUAUUGGCCGGCUCGACUACCAAUUUCCAACUUCUAUCCGAGCAGUUCGAUCUUCACUCCAUCUAUAUCAAACAAUACGAGCACUCGUGUUAAUUACCAUCAUCGUGUCGGCUCUUACAAGAAACAUAGCCCUAAUCACUUGCCGAAGCGUGCGUCCAGGGGUAUCGACAAGGCAACUGCCCUCGCCCUAGCACGCUAUGGAGUUCCUGUUGUUGUCAACUAUGAAGCUUACACCAAGGGCGCCGACAGAACAGUCCACGCUAUAGGAAACAAGGAUGCUAUUUUCGUCAAGGCCGAUGCUAGUACUCUUCCCAUCAUUGAAUGUUUCAUCAACACCACUAUCAAUCACUUCGACAAGCUCGAUAUUAUCAUCCCCAAUGCUGGCUCUGUGCCUAUGAAUAGUUUGGGCCACACAACGGAGCAAGACUUCGAUGCCGCCUUCAAUUUAAAUGUCAAGGGUCCAAUUUCUAAGGAUAUCGGGGAAAAGGGUAUCUGCGUUACCGCUGUUGCUCCAGGUCCCACAGGUACAGCAACUAUCGAGAAGGGGAACAGCCAGGAGUUGCUAAGGACGAUCACUGGCUUCAAUCCACAGGCUAGAACUGGUAUGCCGGAGGACAUUGCGGAUACCAUCACGAACUUGGCUUAG